AUGGUAUCGGAUAGGAUACUGGAAAUUGAUGUAUUCCCUCGAUAUUCUAGAUUGUCAAAGUCUGAUACAGUUUUGAUGAUUACUCGACAUUUUUAUAUGUUUGCAAGUUGGAUUGAAAAGAAGGAAAGCUUUCAUUACAAUUCAAGGAAUAACCCGUCUCGUUUUGAGCUACUUUACCGUGCUAGUAGGAUGCAUUUCAUGGUAAAUCAUUGUGGGAUUAAGGAUUACACAAAAAUUGUAGGCAGGUAUAAUACAGAUGUUAGGAACAAUAGUCAAGGAUUUAAGGACACAAACAGUCAUGGAAAUGUUAUAAACAUUAUCACUCCAGACGUGGCAUUUGGCGCCGGUUUACACUGUAAGUUAAAUGCUGAUGGUAUACCCACUAGUUUUCAAGUUGAAGAGGUUUAA